GAGAAAUUUGAAAACAUUUGUAAAAUGUGUGAAAUCGAUCUUCUUGGCAGCAGGUGGCGGUAAGGAGCUGGAUGCUUCUAGUUGACAGGAGAAGAAGUUCAACAGCUUCCAGGCAGGAGUUUAAAUGAACGAUGAUGGAUCAGAAGAUUCCUUAUGAUGACUACCAGCUCCCAGUGGUAUUCCUGCCUUCCUAUGAGAACCCACCGGCAUGGAUUCCUCCUCAGGAUAGGGUUCAUCACCCAGACUACAACAACGAGCUGAGCCAGUUCCUACCUCGCACCAUUGUGUUGAAGAAACCUCCAGGAGCCCAGCUGGGUUUCAACAUCCGUGGAGGCAAGGCAUCACAAUUAGGAAUCUUUAUAUCCAAGUCUCUUUUUAUGUGUUGUCAGGUGGUCCCAGAUUCAGAUGCCCACACAGCAGGACUGCAGGAAGGAGAUCAGGUUCUGUCUGUGAACGAUGUUGAUUUCCAGGACAUAGAACACUCGAAAGCUGUAGAGAUUCUGAAGACCGCUCGGGAAAUUGUGAUGAGGGUUCGCUUCUUUCCUUACAACUACCAAAGGCAAAAGGAGAGAACUGUCCAUUAGGUGGCAGCAGCGUACCAAAGGAAACACUUAAUUGGACGUCAUUAUUCUGCUCUUAUGGACUCUUGUUAAGUACUCUCACAGCUUCAAGAUGACAGAUCCUCUGCCUCACUCAAACCUCUCCAAGUUAGGAAGAUUUUUUAUUCUCUGUUGUAGUGGUUAAAGAUGGUCAAAUAUUGUCUGAUGUGCUACAAUAUUUGAUGGUUUCUAACAUAUCAGCCUCCAAUCACAAGAAGUUUUGUAGUUUUCACUUGGAAAUGUGGAAUUUUAAUCCCAAUCAUGGAUGUUUUAUGUAACUUCGUACUGAAAACAUUUCUCUUUCAGGUGUAGUAUUUAAAGAUUGUACAUGUUAAAUAGCAGCCUCCCCCCUGUUUUUAAAGUCUUACAUGGUACAGAUUAGCGUACCUGCUGUUUACAUUAGACACUAAUACAAAGACAGUAAAACACUGACAUGUUGGGAACAAAAAUGUUUUAUGGAAACAUAAACUGUAAGAGCAAAUGGUGCAAGACUUCAGAUACAUUUUUAAUAUUUCUGGUCUAUGUUAUGGAACAUACUUUGUGAGUAUUUAAGUAUUUAUCAAAUAUUGUAUGAAAUUAUAAAAACGUAAAUAUAUGCCUUCAAAUACUACUUUUAACAUGAUUUGACUUUUUGUGUUACGUUUUUCAUGCAGGACUUGUUAACAAAUUUAAAAUUGUAUAUUUUAGGUGCCAAAAAGUAACAAUAAAAAGUUCUUACCCUUCAAACUUCACUAUUAUAGAAUUUUUGGGACGACAUGCAGUACAAUUUCUCUUCCAAACAAUGGGUUUGCGACAACUUCUACAGAGUUAAAUUUUGGUCCCAUCUGAUCAAACUACUCUAUUUUAUUUGCUUGUCCAAAUAUUCAGCAGUAAACUUUAACCAUACUUCAACAUGCCUUUUCUUCAGGAGUGGAGUCUUGUGCGGUGAGAGUUCAGAAGCCAUAGAAGUUAAGUGAAAUUUAGAGAUUUAGAAGUACAUCUGUAACCACUACUAUUGUAUGUUUUGCAACAAUAAGAUUACAAAGGCCUAUUGAGAGAGCUCUUAGCUGUUACCCAUCAUGACACGCAUAAUGUGCAUUACUGUUUAAUGAGAAACCUUGUUUUAGGCCAUCAGCUAGGACCAAGCCUUCUGAUUAUUUGCAUUGAUAACUGCUUUAAAUAUGGCAGGUUUGCAGUGUCUCUUCUGUAUGUAUUCAAUACUUCACUGUGUUAUACAUCAUUAUUACACAUAAUUUGUAGAGUCAUUUGUUUCUAAUUCUUUAUGUAGAUUAAUUGGGUUGUUGCUGAUAUCUGUUGUGAAUUUCAUGCCAAUAGCAUCACCAAUAGGAAUAUAUUUACAGAGAAAAACAUUAAUGUGUUUGACACUAGUUUUCCACGCUGUUCAUAGAAACAUUGAGAGAAAAAACAUACAUAUAUGUAUGCAAGGCAGAGGUUUGUCAAGCAUUUGUGAAAAUGUGCAUGCCUGCACUUGUACAAACUGUUUUAUUAAAAGAUUUUGUAAUUUUAAGUUUA